CACAGACAAGCAGAACAAAGCAAACCAAGAGAGACACUAACCUAGUUUACGAGUUACUCAAAACAAUGUCUGUAAAGGUGGUUUAUUGCUCGGUAUGUGUCAUGGCUUUGCUUGUUUCGGCACUGGCGGAAAGCCAUGCAAAUGAAGUCUCCUGCCCGCAAGCCGUGGCACUGCUGACUCCUUGCUUAGCUUAUCUGACGGGCCAAGCGAGUCAUGUGACGGUCCCGUGUUGCCAGGGCGCUAAUACUCUGAAAGAUAUGGUUAAGACUAAGUCCGACAUCAAAAGCACGUGCGAGUGCCUCAAGAAGGCUGCGGCCGCCGCGCAUGUUAUUACCGACAGAGCUAAGGCGCUUCCCGGGUUAUGCCAUAUCCAGACCCCCCUGCCCAUUGAUCCUAAUGUGGACUGUAGCAGUCUUUUGCAGGAUCUGCUUCGUGUCUGAUUGAAGUGAGGGAGAAGCAGAGAUGCAUGUCAGACAAUUAUGCAGAGAUCCGCAAGUCCGAAUUAGAGAGAAUAAUAUAAAGGAUGGAGCCGCAUGUAAUAAUAUAUAGUAGUCUGCGGUUUAAGAAUAUGGAUGACUAUAUAUAUGUAUGCAGCGAUGAACAAACUAUGCUGAAAGGAAAAAUAUGAAAUAUUUUGUUCUUAAAACGAAAAUGUUUAUAUAGUUAUAUUGUUUGAGCG